UUUAUGUGAACUGUCAAACAUAGAUUCUUGGAGCGACAGAUUUUCCAACUUUUCCUCGAAUUUUCCACAUUUUCGGUGUACAACAAAAUUUUCCUGAAGUGAUUUAGAAUUUAAACACACUAGAUUUUCAGUAUUACGCGUUGAAAACUGCUUAAUAUGUAUAUUAUUCCAAUAUUUGACCGAAACUUGUAUGACUUCGUAUGUGCACAUCAGGGUUAAAGCCGGUGUUAUCAUUAAAACAAGACAAAAACAAAAAAACAGUAAAUAACUCUCCAUUUACCGUUUCAAAGUGUUCCUUCCGGCAAUCGGGUAUGAGCCGUGGAACUGUACGGUGCAAUUGCCACACGGCACAAUCACCAUGAAGCAGGUUUUUGUUGGUCAAAUCGUGCACUGCAAAUCGCUGGACGAGCUAGAGUUAUUUGAGGAUGGCUUCGUAGCGGUAAACGAUGGCAAGAUCGAAUCCGUUGGCCUUCGCUCUCAACUGGAUGCACUGCCAGCAUCCGAAUCGUACGAGCGAAUCUUGUUAUCACCGUCGCAAUUCCUUCUUCCCGGUCUCAUCGAUUGUCACAUACAUGCGCCGCAAGUUCCCAACAUUGGUCUCGGGCUAGAUAAGCCGUUGCUGGAGUGGUUGGAAUCGUACACCUUCCCGCUGGAAGCUAACUACCGUGACGUCGAGUUUGCCUCGCGAGUGUACAAGUAUGUGGUGAACACCACAAUCAAUCAUGGUACGACAACGGCCUGCUACUUUGGUUCCAUUUUUACGGAAACGAACAAAAUUCUGGCGGACGAGAUGGUGCGCCAGGGACAGCGGGGCUUUGUGGGGAAAGUGUCUUCCAACCGCAUGUGUCCGGACUUUUACGUCGAGUGCGAUACGGAAACAUCCGUAAAGGACAACGUCAACUUCAUACGGUACGUGACGGGGCUGAACAGUGAGCUGGUAAGCCCCAUCGUCACGCCCCGAUUUGCCAUCACCUGUGACGAAGAGCUGCUGCGCGAGCUUGGCAAGCUGGCCAAACAGUACCGACUCAACAUCCAGACGCAUGUGUCAGAAAACUUGGGAGAAAUCGAAACGGUCAAGCAGCAGUUUCCAGGCGCUCCACACUACUCCGGAGUGUACGAUGAGGUUGGACUGCUGACGGACCGAACCGUGCUGGCACAUGGCGUGCAUCUGGAAGAGGCCGAGUUACGGGUACUCUCUGCCCGCGGCACAUCCAUCGCACACUGUCCAAGCUCUAACACCAAUCUCGGGUCCGGGUUUUGCGAUGUGCUCCGUUUGCUGAACGCUCGCGUUAAAGUUGGCCUGGGAACGGAUGUAUCCGGCGGCAGUGACAUGAGCAUACUGGCUGCGAUGCGUGCCGCACUUGGCGUUUCGCAGCAUUUAAACUUCAUGAAAACGCAGGACGUGAAGGGGACGGGCAGGGUCGAGCAAGGUGCAGCUAAGGAUGGAGCGAAGUACAUUCCACUAACGUACCAGCAGGCCCUCUUUUUGGCCACUCUCGGCGGUGCUCAGGCACUGGCGCUGGACAAGCAGGUGGGAAAUUUCGAGACAGGAAAGCAGUUCGACGCACUGCUGAUUGAUACGGACCGUCAGCCCAUCGGAGGCUAUAAACUGCCGCAGAGCUUAACGAAGGAAAAAACCAAAGUGCAAUUAUUGUUGGAGCUUGUCCAAAAAUUCGUGUACGUUGGUGAUGACAGAAACAUUGUCGGUGUGUAUGUCGCUGGCAAGCAAAUUAAAGCAUAAAAUGUGAGCUCUAUUCAAAGACGCGAUCUUACUGCUUCAAUAAAGCCAGCCACUAUGAAGUAGACAAGGUCGAAAA